UUCGACAUCAGCAACACGGACCAUGUAAUGCCGGUGAACAUCGGCGACCGCGUGUCACUGCUGUGUCCGAGACCCGGAGCCGGCAACUACGAGUACUCGAACAUCUAUGCGGUCUCAGAAGAAGAAUACACACAUUGCUUCCUACAAAGGCCUCACUUAGUCGGAUCUUGCAACAACAGUACACAAGAGGUGAGCAUCACCAUUGUAUUUCGGCAGUUUACGCCAACUCCCGGCGGAAUGGAAUUCGAGCCCGGCCGAACAUAUUACUUCAUAACGACGUCGGAUGGCACACUGUCGGGCAUCGAUCGCCGAAAGGACGGCUUGUGCUCGGAUCGACAGAUGAAAGUGAAGUUCGAGGUAGACGGGCAAUUUUCAAAGUUAAUCUCUUUUCUAACACUAGCAUAUUCGGACAUCCACGCAGAAUCCUCCACUCCUGUAAUGUACAUUAUACAUGUCGACGGUGAAGAUUCCGAUGAACUAGACGGUUUGUUUCACGAGAGUCUAACAAAACAAAACCCAGACCAUAGAUUUCAUGCGAUACUUCAACGAAGAUUGCAAUGCUUCAAAAGAGUCAUGAAUUGGUCAUAG